UAUGAACAGCAGUGUCGUGAGGUUGCCACAUAUUUGUGUCCUAUCUUUUGACCUAUUUUUUUGAAGCAGUUCACACUUUCCAAACAAGCACCAACAGUUGAGUGGGGGUGAUAUGACUGUUGGCGUUUGUUGGGGCAUUGAAAAUGACGGUUAGCUUAUCAUUCCAAACAUUUGAAACCUUACACAAAUAGUUCGAAUAUUUGGUGUUGGGGCAAUAUGAACUGGCCUUAGGGCCUCUCAAUUAAUGGAUGUUUUCAUAAAAUCUGUUUUUAUUUAUAGAACAGAUCCAGAAGAAGUGCCUAUUCGCUGCACUAGGUGGCGCCUUUGACUGGUUACUAGUAAUUGCUAGUCGCAUAGAAACGGUACCAGAUAAUCGCAUCAUCACGGGGAAAGAAGCUCAUCGUCGUAGGGUGGCAGGGGCUCACGCACGGUCACCAUCAGGGACGAAAACCGCCAGUCAGCACCUUGGAAUAUACUACAACUUGGGUGACAACAUCUGAUGAGUUUAAGUCACCUUGUACAGUUGUGUUCGUGAGGACAGGAGGAUUCAGCGAUGUCUGCACCGGGGUUUACAAACCUGAACACAUCUGUUGGUUACAGCUUGAACUCAACGCCGAAUGGUGGAGCAGCAUCCCCUUAUCAGAAUGGUUCAGAACAGAAGUACCCCUCCGCAUAUCCAGGCUAUCCAGGCUAUUAUGGAGACACACCUCAACAGCAAGGCCACUCCACCAUUCCAGCACAGUGUGCCCCUGCCCCUAACAAAGCGACAAUCACGAACAAUGACCACAGUGCUAACUACUACCACAACAGCCACCAGCAACCCCCCCACCCCGCUGCUGUCUCCAGUGUAGCCCCCACUGCAUUUGGGCCACCCCAAGCUUCCCACCCCCCCUCCCAGCCCUAUGGGACCACCCCCACCAGCGCCACCCACCCUACACCCAGUGCCCCUUCAAAUCCCCACCAUCCACAGCCAUUCCAGCAGCCAGUCCCUUACGGCACCUCAGCAGGUUACUACAGACAGCAGUAUCACACUCCCCACUCACAGCACCACCCUCAACAGACAAACCUGGUGUCGGCACCCCCAAGUGGGCCUGGCACCCCGCUCUACCCCAUAGUCUCCUACCCAUCCGCACCGGGCAGCAGCCAGUAUGGGACGCUACGCUCCUCGCUCGCCACCUCCUCCCCGAGACCCGUUCCAAACCUGAUGGGGGCUCCCUUGCACCAGUACCCCCCUGGAAAUGGUAGCAGCCAGCUGGGGUCCCCUGCAGCGGUGCAUCCUGGGUAUGGCGUGGCUCCUCCAGGCCUGCCGCCCACAGUGAACGGCCAGAGAAGUGCAGGCCAAGCCCCAGUCCUCCAACACUACGACCAUCCAAGCCAGGUCCCGGGGACUCGUGACCCCUACGGUCGAGUCCCAGCUGGGCUGUCGGACGCAGACAGGACCCCCUCAGGGACCCCCGCUGCCUCGGUCCCCUCGUCCCCCGGACACCAGCCAGGCAUGCAGUACGGAUAUGUAGCUAAUAGUGGCUCUGCCGCCCCCCCUGCCCCCGCCGCCCAUGUGCCCUCGUCAUCCAGCUCCGAGGAAGAGGAGGAUGAGGAUGAGGAUGAGGAAGCAGGCGGUGACACGUCUUCCUCCACCACAGGCAGUGCCUCCCCGGUGCCGGCCAGCUAUGAGUGCCUGGAGGGGGGUAGUUACCCAGACUCCUCCAUGGUUCCCUCCAGUGACAUGGCCAGCCAUCCCCCGCCCUACGGCUACGGCUACCCCAGCAUGCAGUCAGCCUAUCAGCAAGCACCAGCCCCAGACUCCUCCCCCUCCCAUGGGGGCUACAACCCCGGCUACGAGCAGUACUCCCAGCCUCCCUUCCCUAACCUGUCCCAGCUGUCGGAGGCGCUGGGGGGGCUGAGUGGGGUCCCAGAGCUGGAGAUGGAGGCCCUGAUGCCCGUCAACCUGCUGCAGGAGAGGAGCCUGCUGCCCCCCCGGCCCCUGGAGGCCCCAGAGCCCAACCUCAGCUCCGACCUGAGGAAAGCCAACUGCAGCCCCCAGACGUUCAGGUGCACCCUGACCAGCUUGCCCCAGACCCAGGCCCUGCUCACCAAGGCCAGACUGCCCCUGGGGCUGCUGCUGCACCCCUUCAGAGACCUGCAGCAGCUGCCCGUCAUCACGUCCAACACCAUUGUGCGAUGCCGCUCCUGCAGGACCUACAUCAACCCCUUUGUCUCCUUCCUGGACCAGCGCAGGUGGAAGUGUAACCUCUGUUACCGUGUCAACGAUGUCCCAGAUGAGUUCAUGUACAACCCCGUCACCCGCUCCUACGGAGAACCACACAAGAGGCCGGAGGUGCAGAACUCCACGGUGGAGUUCAUAGCCUCCUCAGACUACAUGCUCCGACCCCCACAGCCAGCUGUAUAUCUCUUUGUGCUGGACGUGUCCCAUAAUGCAGUGGAGUCAGGCUACCUGAAGGUCUUCUGUGAUUCGCUACUGGAAAACCUGGACAAGUUGCCCGGAGACACGCGCACCAAAGUGGGCUUCCUGAGCUUCGACAGCACCAUCCACUUCUACAACCUCCAGGAGGGCCUGUCCCAGCCCCAGAUGCUGGUGGUGUCUGACAUCGACGACGUGUUCAUCCCCUCUCACGACAGCCUGCUGGUUAACCUGAAGGAGAGCAUGGAGUUGGUGAGAGACCUGUUGAGCUCGCUGCCCUCCAUGUUCAGCUCCACCAGGGAGACCCACAGUGCCCUGGGUCCGGUCCUGCAGGCUGCCUUCAAGCUCAUGUCCCCCACCGGGGGGCGUGUGUCUGUGUUCCAGACCCAGCUGCCCACCCUGGGCGCUGGACUGCUGCAGUCCAGAGAGGACCCCAACCAGAGGAUCAGCACCAAGAAUGUUCAGCACCUGGGCCCGGCCACAGACUUCUACAAGAAGCUGGCGCUGGACUGCUCUGGCCAGCAGAUCGGAGUGGAUCUCUUCCUGCUCAGCAGUCAGUACGCUGACCUGGCUUCCCUAGCCUGCGUGUCCAAGUACUCAGCAGGAAGUGUCUUCUACUACCCCUCCUUCCACCACGUCCACAACGCGCCCCAGCGGGAGAAGUUCCAGAAGGAUCUGGAGAGAUACCUCACCAGGAAGAUUGGCUUUGAGGCCGUCAUGAGAAUACGCUGCACCAAAGGGCUGUCCAUCCACACGUUCCACGGGAACUUCUUUGUCCGUUCCACCGACCUGCUGUCCCUGGCCAACGUGAACCCAGACUCGGCCUUCGCUGUCCAGAUGUCCAUAGAGGAGAGCUUAGCGGACACCUCGCUUGCCUGCUUCCAGGCUGCCCUGCUCUACACCUCCAGUAAAGGGAAGAGGCGUAUCCGGGUCCACACCCUGUGCCUGCCGGUGGUCAGCCAGCUGAGCGAUGUGUACGCUGGGGCAGACGUCCAGGCCAUCACCUGCCUGCUGGCCAACAUGGCCAUCGACCGCUCGGUGUCGUCCAGUCUGUCGGACGCCCGUGACGCGGUGCUCAACGCGGUGGUGGACUCCCUGAGCGCCUACAAGAACACCGUGUCCAACAUGCAGCAGUCUGGACUCAUUGCCCCCGCCGCCCUGCGCCUCUUCCCCCUCUACACCCUGACCCUGCUCAAGCAGAAAGCCCUGAGGACGGGCACCAGUACUCGUCUGGAUGAGAGGGUGUUCUCCAUGUGUGAGUUUAAGAGCCAGCCCCUGCAGAACAUCAUGCGCAUGGUCCACCCAGACCUCUACCGCCUGGACACCAUCUCAGACCAGGGGGCGCUGCACCUGAACGACACGGUGGUCCCUCAGCCCUACCUGCUCCACCUGACAGCCCAGAACCUCUCCAGGAGCGGAGCCUUCCUCAUGGACUGUGGCAGCGUGUUUUACCUGUGGAUAGGGAAGACCUGUAAUGAGAUAUUCAUCCGGGAUGUGCUGGGCUGUCCAAACCACGCUUCGAUACCUCCCAACAUGACUCAGAUUCCAGAGCUGCAGACCCUGCUGUCUGAGAGGGUGCGGGCGUUCCUUGCCUGGCUGCAAGACUGCAGAACCUUCAGCUGCAUACUCUACGUGCUGAAGGACGAGGCUUCAGCCAACACCAGCUUCUUCCAGCACCUGCUGGAGGACAGAGCGGAGUCUGCCUUCUCCUACCAGGAGACGGCCUUCUCCUACCAGGAGUUCCUGCUGCACAUCCAGAAGCAGAUGUCCAAGUAGCCAGGAGAGGAGCUGUGUAGGAACCAGGCCCUGCCCCCCUACCACCCCCCCCCCCCCCCAGACCCCAGACUGACUGUAGUGAACAAGGCACACUGAGGAACAAGGUAGCCCCUACCCAAAUAACAACCCCACCCACUCUCCCUGCUCAUUGGUCGACCUUUGACCUUUGGGUUGCAGGAAGAAGAUGAGAGAUCUGAGGAAAUAUUGAAACGGAGCGUCGAAACGGAGCGUCCUGACGUAGCGGCCGUCCUCACCUUGAACAAGCUCCUCCCUCUUAUUACUCUGCUGAGCUGCAGUCUCAGCCCUGCGUAGCCCCGCCCUCUUCAGGAGGACCAAUCACAUGCUGCUACUUCUCCGGGCUUAGCGCUGCAUGUUGUGCUGUCACCGUUCCAAAUCCUUUUUUCUAGAGACGUGCACCCGAUCCAUCCUGUUCUUCUACCGUUUGAUUUCCGCGCUGCGCUUCAGCGGACACACACGGCAUUCCAGCUCGAGAGCCGCAUCUGUCCUUAACGCUGCUCGCCCGCUGACCGGCCAAUCACAGCCCGGACGCUGGAAUGGUGAGCGGCAGGAGGCGGAGUCUGGCCGCUGACCCCUCCCCCUAGACGUACCUGACCCCCUGACCUGUCCAGCGAGACGCCCUGGACUCUACUUUGUAAACUAUUGAAAAUAAUCUUUUAUGUGCGAUAAUUUAUGACCAGCUUAUUAAAUAAAACAAAAACCCUGUUUUUGCUUUUUUCUUUGUUAAUGUGGUGUAGGGGUGGGAAGGCUCUCUGGCUUCAACAUCACAGCUUGAACGAGGGGCAAACCCACAGGUCUAUAAAAAAAGGAAAUGGAAUGGAUUUAUUUUUGAUCCGUUUUCCUUGAUGAGAAUAUCAGGAUGUUGAAAAUGGAUAUCCACACUUUUCUAAUGGUUCAUUCAUGUACAUAACCACCCAGCACCUACUCAUAUGGUCUGUCAAAAGUGGGAAAUACUAAUCAGUGAAUUUCUUUAACUUCUGGCAAUGUGAAGUCAUCUCUGGAAUUCUUAGAAAAGCCACAAUUGGUCCGAACUUUCGCAACAUUGCCUCCCUAAACAUGUAUGAACAGUAUGUUGGACACUAUGCUGUCAUCUGAUUAGGUGGAAAGGGGAGUUUGUAUUGUAAGGUCAGGGAAGAGGGAUUAUGUAAUGAAGGAUAACUCAGUAAAUCUGCAACUAACAAGCAAAACGGUCCAACUUCAGGGUCUGUUUGCCUAACUUCUACGUCUGGACCCCAUAUGCUUGGCUGGUUUCUUUUCACAGAAAAUUGCUCCAGACCUCAAAUAUUCAGUCCAGUCACGCUUGUGCACUCGGCAGAGAAAUGUAGAAUAAGGAGGAGGUUGUCCUCAACCAUUUUGAAGAUUUCUAAUCUUUGCAUCAAGUAAGAGAUGGGUGAAAAGUGAAAAACAUUUUAAUUUUUUCGACUAGUAAGUACUUCAGUGUCCAGCUGGGAAGGAAAUGGCAUUUCUUUUAUGCAGA